CGCCGCCUUCGCCCGGGGUGCCCUCUCCCACCGCAAACUUGGGCGCCUCCAGGAGGGGCUUUUUUCCCCAUGCACCCCUCAAUCCCUGCGUGGCAGCCGGGUAAGGUGAGCCGCCUUGUUGGAUCUCCCUGCUUGGAGCUGUUGCCGCAGGUUAUGAAGGAAGAAUGGAGUUUCCAGACCAUAGCCGCCAGUUACUGCAGUGUCUGAGUCAGCAGCGUCACCAGGGCUUCCUGUGUGACUGUACUGUUUUAGUUGGAGAAGCUCAGUUCAGAGCCCACAGAGCUGUUCUUGCUUCUUGCAGCAUGUACUUCCAUCUUUUCUACAGGGACCAGUUAGACAAAAGGGAUAUUGUGCAUCUGAACAGUGACAUUGUCACAGCCCCAGCCUUCAGUCUGCUGCUUGAAUUCAUGUACGAAGGAAAGCUGGAGUUUAACAGUCUUCCAGUUGAAGAUGUGCUCGCUGCAGCGAGCUACCUUCACAUGUAUGACAUUGUGAAAGUCUGCAAGGGCAAGUUGAAAGAUAAAGAAUUGUGUUUGGAAGAAAAGAUGAAUGAUGAUGUGGCUAAUUUGGAAAAAGAGGAGCAUUUUUUAGACACGGGAGUGCCCCUGGUACAUGAGUUUGACCCGGGACACAAACAAAAAUUCACUGUCGCAGAAUAUGAUAGAUCAACGAAUAAAGAUAGGAUCAGUGGUCACCCCGGCUGGUCCUCUGAUCUUAUAAGUGUCAGCUCUGUGUCUGCAGAGGCAGAAUCAUGUACCACAGCAGCUGGAAAAACAAAGGCUACUGUCAAUAGUUCUGCAGGAUCUUUGUCCCAAAGGUCUGUUAACCAUACCCCGGCUUCAAGUGAUGUGGACUGUGCUCUGGAUUUGUCUUUCAAGCCUGUGUCUGGGAGAGAUUCCUUACACCCCUCCUACGUCUUUGGACAGCUGGCUUCCGACAGCCAGCAGCAGGGUACUGAGCCACUUGUUAAAGAUGAACAAGACUUGCUGUCAGAUCAGGAGGACAGUGAAGCAAGGAGUCCAGAGAGUCAGCAUUUUGGGAAUUCAGCCAAAAGCCUAGUGACAGGGUUAGGACACAUGUUCACAGGAAACGGCAAUUCUCAUGCAAGAGAAGAUGAUAUAGAUCAAGACCGAGAUGAGAGUGAAGAUGACAUGGAUUCAUCAGAUAUCUCCUCCUCUGGUGUGCUUGUGCCUCCUGGGCAUAUCUGCAUUUGCCCCCUUUGUAGCAAAGUUUUUCCAAGCCCACACAUCUUGCAGCUGCACCUGAGCUCUCACUUCAGAGAUAAAGAUGGCUCAAGGACCAGGUUGUCACCUGAUGGUUCGGUGCCCACCUGUACGCUUUGUGGGAAGACUUUUUCUUGCAUGUACACCUUAAAGAGACAUGAAAGGACUCACUCGGGCGAAAAGCCUUAUACCUGUGCCCAGUGUGGAAAGAGCUUCCAGUAUUCCCACAAUCUCAGCCGUCACGCAGUAGUGCAUACCAGAGAGAAACCCCAUGGCUGCAAAUGGUGUGAAAGACGAUUUACACAAUCCGGUGACUUAUACAGACACAUCCGUAAAUUUCAUUGUGGCCUCGUAAAGUCCUUGGUGGUUUGAGACAAGAUUUUGUUGUUGUUGUUGCUAAUGUAAUGUGUGGGGUUUUUAAGGCAGCAUCUGAUUUUCUUUUUUUACCGAUAUCCACAUCAGUUAAUGAUGUUGAAAGAUGCUUAAGUAUACACUUCAAUGGCCUUUUUGCCACAGCCGCCUUUUUUUCCCUGUUCCCCUCCCUCCUUCCGCCCCCCGGUUGUCUGUUGCGCACCCAUGUUACAUUAUUUCCAAGUUAGUAGAGUGAAAAUGAUUUAAGUACUUCUUCAAUGAUUUUGGCUUCUAUUUUUCAUGCUGGAAGUACUUGCUUUGUGUUCACCCCCUCCCCAUUUCAAAAAAGAUUGAUAACGGAAUUGGAGAAAUACUCCAAGAUUUACUUAAGUCCCCUAAAUGCUAUCUGUGUAUUUCAUGACAACACAAGAGCUGAACUAUAGCUUAUUUGAUGCGUCUGAGGGAAUCUGCUCACUUAACUCCAUGUGUCUCAAGAUGAGACCUACAGCCUUUUCAAGAAGUAGGCUUAAAUUGGCCCAGUUUUUUAAAGAGGUUUGAGAAUUCCUUGAAUUGUACUUGCAUAUCUGGUACAGUUUGGCUUUUGAUUUUUACUACUGUAUCAGAGUAGUUUUGCAAUCAAUCCUAAAAUCUGAAUGAAAAGCCUUGCAUACAGACUUGGCAUACUCAGAAGGAAAGUUUUAAAUUUCUUUCUCCCCAUCCCUCCUCCAAGGACUAUUAUUUGUUGAAUAGCACUGAGCUGCUUUUGAAUUUUAAAAACUGGGUAGAAACAUGUUUCUAUCUGCACUAUAUUCACUCCUUAGCUGUUGAAGGAUACGCACUAGAGUAAACGUGUAAACUCAUGUGAUAUAUGAACACAUUUCCAUCCCUGUCUCAACAAACAAACAAACACAGGGACCAAUCCUGCUACUGCUGGGGAAACGUUACUUCAGUGAGUAAACUCAUAGAGGGUGCAAGAUUGGGUCUGUAAUAUGUGCCAUAACCUUGCUCAGACAUUUGGGAAUGGAUAAAAGUAUACAACAACUGCAGAGGCUGGUGAAGGAAACGAAAUGGCUGAGCAGCUAGUUAGGAAUUGAUGACCAGUAUUCUUAAGAGGAAAUUGGUCAGUGUAAUAAUAUGUGACAGUCAAUCUUUUUUUGUUUGUUUGUUUUUUAACGGGGAUUUCUGAUUUGUUCAGGAUACCUGUAGCAUCUUUUGGUACAUUU